AUGGCGGGCAGAGGACGAGGUCGGGGUACCAAUACCUCGCUUACACAAGAGCAGAUGCAGGCUCUUGGUAUUGCGCGAGGAGAUAAUGCACCACAAGUUUUGGCUCCACCACCUCUAUUUCCAAAAUUAGAAACAAAACCUCUUCCAUUAAAUAGUGACGCCGCAACAGACUAUAUGGUUAUUGUAAAGGAUCAAUUUAUAGAAUACUUACACGAAUCACCCGCCUAUGUGAAAGCAAACAGAGAAACAGAUGGAAUUGAAAGAUAUUCUGAUAAAUAUAAGUUGUUAGCCCUAGAUGCCAAUAAAGGAAGGGUAUUGGAUUGUGUCUGGGCUAAUUUCCCUCCUGAACUCAGACCACAAGCGAGUCGCAUACGACCAUCGUCUCGAAAACGAAAGUUGGAUGAUCCCAAAGAUAUAGAAAAACGUUUACAAUUACUAGAGAAAAAAGAAACACAGGAGAACACCAACGAGAUGAUGGCCACAGCUGGUGAUGACAACAAAAAACAAGAUGAUAUAGAUGAAGAUUUAGAAGAUGAAGAAGAACAAGAAGAUGAAAUUGAUGACGGUACAGAUUACGCAAAUAACUACUUUGAUAAUGGUGAAGACUAUGAAGAUGAGGAUGAUAAUCUUGAUGAUGAUCCAGUCUAUUAG